AUCAGCUCUCUGAAUGCAAAAGGUCCACAGUCAAGCAAAGGGAAGAAGAAGGAGGACGAGGGGAGCAGAAUAAGUUCAAAUGCACCUAACAGAAGAGACAGCCAAAAGAAGGCAGAGGAAGGAAGCAGAAUGAAUUCGAAUUCACAAAGCGGAAAGGAUAGCCGAAAGAAGGCAGAGGAAGGCAGUAGAAUAAAAUCAGAUUCACAUAGCAAACAUGAUAGCCAAAAGAAGACAGAGGUAGAAAGCAGAAAAAAUUUGAAUUUACAAAGUAGACAAGAUAGCCUGAAGAAGGCAGAGGAAAGAGAAGAGAAAAGUGAACCUCCUGAAGAUGUUAAGACAGCUUCGCCAUUGUCCGGCUCGAAAGAAUUAGACAAAGAGGGUCAGCCCAGUCUUGCUGCUGAACUCCAAUAG